GUGGAAAGGAUACCAUAACAUUCAGUGACCCAGCCUUACCUGUUAUACAGCGGUCCAGGUCACCAUUGUUAGCAUUUACUGAUAAACCACAGAAAACUGAAGUACAAGCAGAACAGAAGGGAGAACGUGAUGAAACUGGUGCUGUUGCAAGUGAGUCCCUGGCUCCAGAGGGAACCAACUUAAAUAACAGAAACCAAAAUAAACAUUUUUAUCCUUCAUUACCCCAGUUACCUUCUGAGGAAGAAGAAAUAAACAAGCUUGGAAGUCAGAUAAUUAAACUGACAGAGCAGGCAGUUGCAGAACUGGAAGGGAAAAGAGCAGGCGCUUCCGAAGGGGAGCAGAGCACGGUGGUUGGAGCAGAGCUUAAUGGUUCAUCUGAGGGAGAGUUCCCGCUUUCCAGCCCCGACCCAUCUGACCCCACAGAUACCUCAAACUCGGAGAAUGAACAAACAGCUGAAACUGAGGCCCUGAAAGACAAUGACGAAACCUCAGAGAGUGACUGUGAAAUUAGAAAUGAAAGAGGAGAUCAAAAUAGCAGCGCUGUGGAUGUGGUACAUAUUGAGGACCCUGGGAGGCAUGGAGGGCUCGGUGAUACAGCUGCACACACAAAUAACAGCUUUGAGGAGCUCCCUGAAUCUGAACACAAGAAACCGUCUGAUUCUGCUGAAAACUCUGGAUAUUUGGAUAACAGUUUGGCUUGA